AUGUUUGACAUUCAGCCGAUGAACAACAUUUGGAAUAAAUCUCCAGAUCCUGCUAAAGCUAAGAGAAACUGCCAUUAUGAAUUUGUACAAAUACUGAGUGCUUUGGAACCUUUUAUGCUUCGGACUCUUCCUAUCACAUUCAGAGUCUUUGACUCCAAAAAUUCGCUAAUAGGUGUCUGUUGCAAUUUACUCUCUGAUAGUGCCCCCGAAGGUCUCCCAGGCGACGGUAUUGUAAAACUGUUCAUGCAAUUCUUGGCAGAGCUUGAAGAGCCCGUGAUAACCCAACUGCAACAAAAGGGGGACAUGGAUCUUUUUAUGGAAAAUAUGGUUACGGCUGUCGAUAGGAGGCAGCUCCGUGACCCAGCGGAGCGGGUCAAGUGUAUGUAUUUUAUUGAGGAGGAGGAGGUGCUGAAAGUCGCGCGGGAGAGGAGAGCAUCUUUUGUCAUUACAACAAAUACAAGUCCGGUGACGAAGGACAUAUCCCGGCUUCUUGCGUAUAAAGAAGAAAGGGUGAGCAAGGCUUCCAUUGAGUGGACAGAUGAUAAGGGCAAUCCAUAUGUACCGUCCCUGGUGGGUGAUUUCAACAUACAGGUCACUUACAAGCUACUGAUGGAGUGA